UCUCUCUCCCUAUAUAAAGCAGCCACAGGAGGAGUUUCAGGACUACUUCCUCAAACUAAUUCACUACACUGGACCUUCCCACAAAUUUCAUUAUAGGAAAAAGAAAACAUGUUUCCUGGAGAGAUGCUCACGGGCUUCGGAUCUGCUAUCGGCGGUCUGGUAGUCAUAUGGGCCAUGUUCCAUCAAUACAUCCCUCCCCAGAUCCGGCAGCAUAUGGAGCGGUACACCCACAAGCUGGUGCGCUUGGUCAAUCCGUACAUCCAGAUUGUGUUCCCCGAGUUCACAGGGGAGAAGCUGAGGCGCAGCGAGGUCUACACGGCCAUCCAGAACUACCUCAAGGAGAAUGCUACCGCGCGGGCCAUGCGGCUCAAGGCGGACUCUGUCAAAGAUAGUACCCAGUCUCUCAUUCUGAGCAUGGAUGACCACGAGGAGGUCACGGACGUGUUCAAGGGGGUGAAAGUCUGGUGGUCGUCGAACAAAACCACCCCCAAGAACAUGUCCUUUUCCUUUUAUCCGAAGACGGAGGACCAGAGGUUUUACCAGCUCACUUUUCACCGGAGGAACCGGGAAUUGAUCACACAAUCAUAUGUCAAGCACAUCUUGACCGAAGGAAAGGCGAUUGCCAUUAAAGACCGGCAGCGUAAGCUCUAUACAAACAAUCCUAGCCAGAAUUGGCAUUAUUACAAGCAAACCAAGUGGAGCCACGUGGUUUUUGAGCACCCCGCGACGUUUGAAACUCUGGCGAUGGAGCCGAACAAGAAGCAGGAAAUCAUGAAUGAUCUCAAAAAGUUCAGCGAAGGGAAAGAGUACUACACCAAAAUAGGCAAGGCCUGGAAGCGCGGUUACCUGCUCUAUGGUCCACCCGGGACCGGUAAGUCCACCAUGAUCUCUGCCAUGGCUAAUUUCUUGAACUACGAUGUAUACGAUCUUGAGUUGACGGCGGUCAAAGACAACACUGAGCUGAAGAAGCUAUUGAUUGAAACUUUGAGCAAGUCUAUUAUCGUGAUCGAGGACAUCGAUUGCUCGCUUGAUCUGACGGGCCAAAGAAAGAAAAAGGAGAAGGAUGAGGAUGACGAUGACAAUGACGAAAAUUACAAUCCCGCGAAGAAGAUGGAGAAAGAAGAGAAGAAAGGCAGCAAGGUGACUCUCUCUGGUCUUCUCAACUUCAUUGACGGUAUCUGGUCAGCUUGUGGGGGAGAGAGAAUCAUCAUAUUCACCACUAACCAUGUGGACAAGCUCGACCCUGCUCUCAUAAGGAGAGGAAGGAUGGACAAGCACAUUGAGAUGUCGUAUUGCUGCUUCGAGGCAUUCAAGGUUCUUGCCAGGAAUUAUCUGGACAUUGAGGAUCACCCGCUAUUCACAACGAUUAGCGGACUGUUUGACAAGACCAAAAUGAUCCCUGCUGAUGUCGCAGAGAACUUGAUGCCUAAGUCUGACAACGAAGAUGCGGAGACUUGCUUGAGAAAGUUGAUUGAAGCGCUCAAAGCGGCAAAGGAGCUGGAAGCCGAGGAAGAAGCGCGAGCAAAGGCCGAAAAGGAAGAGCAAGAGAAGAAAGAAAAUGGUGAGAAAGAGGAAGUGAAAGAGAGUGGAAAAUCUGAUGAAGCAGUGAAGGAAAAUGGGGUCAUCAAUGGAGGAGUGGCUGCCAAAGAAGUGAACCAGAAUGGCUUCGCAGUGUAGACGUUGAAGAAGCCAGCUGGGACUGGAAAAAUGCAACAAUAUGUAGAUUUCUACUGCCUUGGAUUUUGUGUGUGAUUUGUGGCGUCUCAAGUGAAGUAGAAUAUGAAAGAUUGGCAAAACGUGUAAAAAUUCUAGGAGUGGAUGGAUAUGUUUCUCCACCGUUGUAAGCUUGAAAUUUAGUGCAUAAGAAAUAGGAAUUUGCUUUUACCAAU